AUGUUGAUGCCCCAGCCAUUUCUGUCACCGGUUUGCAAGGUCGGUCCUUACCCACUUGAUAUCAUAGCCACCGCCGCCUCCCUCCACUUCGGCCACCGUCUCUCCCACCAUCUCCGCUUUGAGUUUCUACUCCGUUCCUGUUUCAAGAAACUUGCUCCCGUGCUUAGAUUGAAGGACAAAUGGUCUCAAAGAUUUCUUCAUCACAAAGGAUUGAAUUAUCUUCAAUUCUCAAGUGAUGGUUUGACUUCCACAUGUUCAACUAGCUUCUCUUUCUUUAAUGGGGGAGGACCUCAAGCCCACUUUGGAAAUGGUGACUCGAAUAUGUCUCGAAAAAAUCCAUUUAGUGGAAGGAAGUUGACAAAUAUUCUCCUUGCUGCCAAUGUUUUAGUUUAUUUUGCGCAAUUUGCAACCCAAGGUAGCCUUUUGUUGUGGGGAGCAAAGGUAAACAGUCUCAUUGACAAAGGACAACUUUGGAGACUUGUUACAUCUUCCUUUCUGCAUGCAAACAUUGGCCACCUUAUGGUAAAUUGUUAUUCCCUAAAUUCAGUCGGUCCAACGGUGGAGAGCUUCAGUGGUCCUCGAAGAUAUCUUGCAGUUUACUUUGCUUCUUCAAUUGCAAGUGCAGCUAUGAGUUAUCGGUUCUGCAAAAUGCCUGCAGUAGGUGCGUCAGGAGCAAUUUUUGGACUAGUUGGAUCCAUUGCGGUCUUUGUUUUAAGGCACAAAGACCUUGUAGGAGGUGGUAGAAAAGACCUACUGCACAUUGCACAAGUAAUUGCCCUCAACAUGGUCAUUGGUUUAUCAUCAAAUGGCAUAGACAACUGGGGACAUUUAGGAGGUUUGAUUGGUGGAAUUGCUGCAUCAUGGUUUAUUGGACCUGCAUGGAAACACGAGUCCACAACUAUAGGUGGAAGAAGACUUUUCAUCGACAGAGCACCGAUGUAUAAUCUCUUGAAGAUUACAAGACCUAAGCAAUGGAAAUAG